AUGAGUUGUGACCCGUGUCAGUUUGAGGGAAUACAGAAAGAUGCUAGAGCAUUCUGCCAGGAAUGUAAUGAAUUUGUAUGUAAACAAUGUUUACAGUUUCAUCGGAAAUUUCAGGCAUUCAGGCAUCAUUUCAUUCUUCAAGGAGAUUCUAUGCCCAGGACAAGAGAGAAAACCAAACCGAAGUUGGCACUCAAGCUUUGUGAUGACCACAGGAUGAAUGAAGUGCAGUUUUACUGCAGCAUACACAAAUGUGUGUUAUGUACUUUAUGCAAAAUGACAAAACAUUCAACCUGUGACUGUAACCUGAUAGAUGACGUAUGUGAAAAAGAUGAUCAUGCUAAGUUUCACAAUGUUGUUAAAGAAAUUGAAGUCCUCAAGACUGAAUUUGAAGAACUUAAAAGUGUUCAAAUAGAGGUAAUUGAUUCUACAAUAGCCGCCUCAAAAAGACACAGAGCACAGCUAGAUUCUGUUAGGAAAGAAAUGAAUGAAUACUUUGACAAACUCGAAAAUGAAAUCAAAGAAGGGGAAAUUCAGGAGAAGUCUUAUGUUAAAGAACUUAGGGAAAAUGUUGCCAUGUACACUGAUGUAAUUAACAAUUUGGCCUCUCUUCGGGAGCAUACUGAUCAUGUUUCAAAAUCAAAUGACAAAGUUGCCAUCUUUGCAGCUAAAUCUAAACUGGAAAAGAUCCAUUUAGAAUAUACAACAGUAAAGAAUACCAUUACCCUCAAGCCAAAGACAAGGAAAUCACAGGAAGGUGUGCAGAAGAUGCUGAUAGUAAAAGAAAUAUGUGAUAACAUUAAAAAGAAAAUGACUGUAAAAACAUCGGAAGAGAAAAAUGUAGAAGAAAUAGAAAAUAAAAAUGCAGGAGGCAGUAUGAAUGAAAUGGAAGACAACCACAAACAGGACAGUGACAACUCAAAAGAAGCCUUCAACACUUAUGACAAAGUUAAAGAAACAAAUACAAAUAAACCAGCUGAAAAUGAUAUGUCAAUACAGCAAGAUUUUCCAGAGGAAAAACUGAGUCAUCCAACAAAUGCCAAUGCAAGAAAGAAACCUGAAUCACAAAAGCAAGAUAUGUUAUUUGAAAAUUUAAGAAUCAAGAACAUAUGCUAUGAAAACAUUAACUUUGAAAUGAGUGACUCUGCUUCUGAUAUAACUGGUUCCCUGUUUUUACCAGGAGGUUCCCUUAUUUUAUGUGAUCAUGCUAAUUCAAAGCUGAUCUUGCUAGACAAAGAAUUCCAGUUGCUUCACCAACUCUACUUUAAAGGUAAUCUUUGGGAUGCUGCUCUUGUCAGUGCAAAUGAAAUUAUAGUAACUCUGAAAUCUAAGAAGUUACUGCAAUAUAUCAAAGUCGAGUCUGGGAAGUUACAUGAGGGAAUGCAUAUAAAUCUAAAACGGGUGCCCUGGGGUAUUGCUGUUUACAAGAAUAAUAUACUAAUUACAUUUCAUGAAAACCCCGGAAAAGGUGUAAUUGAGGUCCGUGACGGACAUGGUAAAAUUUUACGGCAUAUAACUGUUGAUGAAAAUGGAGACGAACUUUUUAAUUCGCCUUACUAUGUAGCUGUAAAUCAACACAAUGGUGACAUUUAUGUCACUGAUGGUAGAAAAAAUAGUAUAAUUUGCCUGACAUUUGAAGGUAAACUUUUGUACAAAAUAGAGAGUGAGGAAUUUAAAUGGCCAAGGAAAGUGAUCCUUGAUGAUCAAGGUAACUGCUUAUUGUGUGCAAGCUUAGCAAAUAAGAUACUGCUGAUUAAGAACAAAUCAAAAUCUGCACUUCAAUCAAAGGAGGAGACAGCUGAAUAUAGUGUGUUGCUGAAGAACUGCCAUCGUCCCCAAACUCUAUCUGUAAGAAGGGAAGAUCAAAAAUUGAUUGUUGGCCUUAAUGCAAACAGUAUGCUGCUAGUGCUCAAAUGA